AGACAGGGCUGUUUCCAGCCUGAUCGGUGAGGCGUCAGCUAGCCAGCCGCACAUUGCGCCAAUGACCGUGCAGCAUUGGGCAGGAUCCUCCGAGGGGUGAGCCCUGCAGAAGAAGCCAUGGCGGUCGUCUUGCCAAUGAUGGCGAUACCGCAUUGGCCUACUCGUGCUGCACCUGGGAACCUAGUCGCUUGGUACCCCGUGCCUCCAGCAACCCUAUCCAAUCAACAGCAGGGGAUUGGCACUGUGACGAUCACCAGACGGAUCUGGGGACAUUUGAAAGGACUGACAAGUUAGUCAUCCCGGGAUCAAAGCCCGAGGCCCCUUGACAGGGUAAGUCCGGGGCGAAU